UCACAAUUUUUUCUCCUCGUCACCCUUGGCGGUGCGUAGGUUUACCCCUCCUAUUAAGUCCUUCUGUUUAUAAGGUCCGAUCUUGCAACGGAAUUCAUCACAACGUUUUCCGAACGGAGAUUUCGUCGCGAAACCUUCUGAUUCGCAACAACGACUCUUUUUCGACGGAGCACUUUCGCCGCCAGCCCCGCCUUCCUUUUGUAAGUCGUGUUGUUUUGACUAAAGUCGUAAUGUAUUCUAUCCUUCGUACAAACAAACACUUAUUUUGCUGCAGGUACCACCCAGAACAACCAGUGAGUAGAUUACAGUGCAAACGGGGCCUUUCCGCUAUCUAGGUCAUGGCACUUUCAGGACACGAACGAAUCGUCUCCCGACGCGCCAGAGAACGAAGAAGCGAUGCGGCUCAGGCGAACCCGGAGAAAGAGAGAGUCCAGCUCUCCCGCGGCCGCGGAGGUAGCGGCACGCGUGCUGCAGCCUUACCGAGGGGGCGAGCAAGUCGCAGGACCCGUUCUGGAGGCCACGGUGUGCUUUCUCGCAGCGUGGGUCGGGCGCCGUCCGGAGGCCUUUCAAUGCCUUCGCGUCGCCGGAUUUCCGACACACCCCACUCAAUAUCUCAGCUGCUGACCAACCUCCCCAGCUCUGCACUCAUGCUGGAAGGGCUAGAAUACCCCCCCGCUGGGUUCAGGUAUCAUCAGCCCCCUCACUGGCAGGCUCAAGGUCAAAAACUGGGGCACAAACGACCAUUUUCAUCUCCCCUCUCUCCAGCACCUCACAACUGAGCUCAACAGUCUCAUAUCCUCUCCAGUCGCUCAUCAACUGCAUAUACCUCGUCCGAUGCGAACUCGGCCAAUCCAUUGGUCCCACCUCAGCCCCUCCCUCGCUACAACAUCACACGUUCGCUCGUUGCCUCUCGCACAAGGCACUCCAUGUUUUAGGAUCUUCGCAGCGGACUCACCCUCCCCCACUGACUUGACGCAGCUGUCCCGCUGACAGACGCCAGCCCGCACCGGCUCCCCGAACGUCGCCUGCAGAGCAGAGAUCUGGAGGCAGUCGUUGUUCAAUCAAGCAGAGCCUCUACACGCAGCGUGCGCCUCCCAGGCCGUCCGGACAUGAGCCCAUGCGCCAGUGCACACCACAGUCAAGAGAGUGAUUCAACUCCACCACGAGAGCUGGAACACUCCACGAGAAGACGAUAUUUCUUUUCGUCUCCACGACGAUAUGCGACGACUCCCUCGAACAUCGACUGCUCUUCGCGUAGCGAGAAGGCGAGUCCGACUCCAAAGCAGGAGACUGGACAGAGACACCUCGCAGGGUCACACUACAGCUAUCUCUUCGUUGAAGAGCCCCACAAUAACUCUGCUCAAUGUACUGCUGCGAACCCAUGUCAGACUUGAACGAUCUGGUCUCUGCCACGCUCCGACGCGCCGACCGACAUAUACCGGGACGCAGAAGAGUUUGUCUGCCAGUGGGCCAGCUGCGUGAGAGCAAAAGCCGUUCAAAGCACAGUACAUGCUCCUGGUUCACAUGAGAAGACACACGGGAGAGAAGCCACAUAGAUCACCUACGACGGAUGCGACAAGGCAUACUCCAGACUGGAAAACCUUAAGACUCACCUCCGCUCGCACACUGGCGAACGUCCGUAUCUCUGCAAGUAUGAAGGUUGUGGGAAAGCCUUCUCAAACGCCUCAGACUGCGCCAAACACAUGAACAGAACUCACUCAUCCGAGAAACCCUAUGCCUGUCUUAAUCCUGGCUGCACGAAGCGGUACACGGACCCAAGCUCAAGAAGAAAGCACAUGAAGAACUGUCAAGUCAAUAAAAAGGCGCGUGUUGAUCAAGAUGGCGAUUCAGCCUCCGUACACGAAGACGACACUUCUUUCGAAACUGCUUCGAAAAUCUCGUCUGCGUCGACGGCGAGCGGGCGAACCGCCAAGCCAAAGAAGCCAGAAAAGAACAAGAUGCCGCCAGUCACAAAGAAGGGGUUAAAAGGGGAAUCGAGAGGCGGAGGUGAUCCAGGAUACAUGUCUGGCGGGUCGCAGGGAGGACAGCAUUCACCGUUGAAGGGGUACGGAUCUCCACCCGCACCUCACGACGCGGAACACGGACAGGGAGGAGGGGCGGGAGGGUGGAAACAAGAAGACGAACUCACCAACAUUCUCCGACACCAGACGCUCAGCGAUCCGAACGAUCCGACGAGUCCCAUGGCGAUGACCUUCUCCCCGCACGGAGGGGGCAGUGGGUACCGGGGACACCCUGACGGAACAAUUCCGAUGGACCAGGGUACCUCUCACAUGUCAACAACCACAGCCCACCCAAACGGGAAGGCCAGCCAGCAAAGAGGAGGAGGCUUGGCAAUGCUGGCUGGCCGAACCCCCGGGAACCUGCAAGGCCCACUGCCAGCCAAGACGUUUCACCAUCACCCGAGCCAGGGGCCCGCGCACCAUCAUCAUCCCCCUCACCACCACACCACGCACACGCUCCAGCAGCCCCCUCCUUCCUACCACCAGCCCCUGCUCUAUUCCCCUUCGCGACAGGCCAGCCACUACCAAACUUCUUUCCUCACGCCUUCCUACCCAUCUUACCCUUCGGGCUACUCCAGUUUGCCGGCGGAAUCGCGUCAGCCCCAACCCCCAUCAUCUGUGCCCUAUACCCAGCACCUACAGCUGCAGCAACAGGGCCCCCACCACCAUCUUCGAGAAAACGAAAACACUCUUCUGACUAGCCACGUUCAGGUGCCCCCCGGAGGAAAUCUACCAACCCCCUCGUCAAGCGGUUAUUCCAGCUGCGGGUCCCCAAAGGGGGUCCACCACCCGAAAUCCCCCAGCGACGACAGCUCAGUGGUGGGCGGAGCCAGUAUCCAUAGCAACCCCAUGACAAAUUCCUAUUCCACGUUCUCAUCAAACAGCAGUCGAGUAUCGACCCCCAGUAACGGGAACCCCCAGUUCCUAGCUGCCAAAGCGAACCCCCGGGGUGGGGGG